GCGCAAACGGAAAAGAGCCCGUACGGGUCACGUGACGCUGGGAAUCGGUAGUUUACCCAGAAGCCUGCGCUUCUUUUUGAGGUCAAGAUGGCGGUGAGGGCACCAGUUUCAGCAAGUGGUCGAAUGUUAGAAGGCUUUCGCAAAUGGUAUUACAACGCAGCUGGAUUCAACAAACUUGGAUUAAUGCGAGAUGAUACCAUAUAUGAAAAUGAUGAUGUAAAAGCAGCACUGAAGAGGCUUCCAGAAAAUGUUUAUAAUGAACGACUAUUUCGCAUCAAGAGAGCCCUUGAUUUGAGUAUGAAACAGCACAUUCUUCCUGAAGAACAAUGGGUGAAAUAUGAAGAGGAUAAAAAGUAUCUGGAACCAUAUCUGAAAGAGGUAAUCCGUGAACGACUUGAAAGAGAAGAGUGGGACAAGAAGUAACUGCUGGGGAGAUGCUUCAUGCAAACUGCUGCAUUUCUUUCUAACAGAUAUUUUAAUGUUAUGAUAAAAAUCUGUUGGGAAGAAAAUCUGAGGCUGAAGAAACAUUUUGUUCACUGAAUUUGUCAGUCCAACUAAAAUAAACAUGUCAAAGUACAAAAUCUAGUUGGAAACUUUUUUGUAAAUUAUAACAAACCAGUGUUCAGACCUUUCCUACAAUCAGAUACAUUGCAUAUCCUCACAUGAAUAUGUAGUCUUCAUUCCAGCCUCUUGAUUCAUACUCGUCAUAGUACAGCUGCUUCCUGCAGCUGGGAGGGUAGGUAAGCAAAAGUCUUUGGGUGUUUAUGCCAGCUCCUCUAUUUAAUUUAUAAAAGGGAUACUUAUACAUGGAGUGAUAGGCUUAUACCCUUCAUCGCCUCUCUUCCCUGGAGACAGGAAUACUAUGAUGCAUGCUUGAGUACUUAUUCAACAGCAUUAUGUAACUGUGUGUGUGUGUGUACCCAAGCACAUGGAAUACUACAGGAAUGGAAUGGAAUUUGAGUGAUUUGUUAAUCACAGAAUAAAGAUGAUUGCCUCAGUUU